UGCACGGUGCACCACAUUGGCAAAUGACUGAAAUUUUACUACAUUAUUAAUUAGGCAGGAUACAAUAUAAAGCAACUUUCUAAUAAACUGUAAUUAAUCAUUAUUAAUCGGGAGGAAGGAACGGGGAUUCGAGGAUGUUUAAUGAACAGACAUAUCGGGAUCAUUAGUGUAGUGGCGUGGUAUUUUAAAUCUAUGUAUGUCAGAGUUGUUUGACCUGUGAUAUCUUCAAAUUCGGUUAUCAUCGGUAUCCUAAAAAUCUCUUUAUUCGAUUAAGCACCGAGGCGAACACCAAAUCUCAUUUGUCAUAGGUUAUUAGAAUCAUUGUAUUUCAAUCCACUGACGUUACACACUUAAGAGAAUCACUAUUGACUUCUUUAUAAAAGAGGAGGAAGAUCUUAUAAUGUUCCUACUUUAUACAAUGUAUAUCAUAUUGGCAAAGAAGGAAUUGUAUCUACAGGAAAUCUAAUUAUUUAUAAUAUAAGGUCUAGCUUUCCUCCUAUGGUGGCUGUGUGGUUCUUCGAUCAUUGGCAUUUAAUCACCGCUAGAACAAGUGCCUUUUUUGUACGAAAGUAUAUCAUGACAUAAUUGUUGAGGUAUCAUAAGUAAUAAGAAGUACAUAUUCUGAAGCAAAGCAAACGAAGUGAGAAGAUGGAUAGUUCAGAGUACGAGACUGUACGGAAUAUGACGUUGUUAUUCUUUUUCGAACUCUUAGUGGAUAAAGGUGGUCCGCGCACGCUGCACGAUUUAAGCUGCCAAUUCGGAGCUAAAGGGUUUACGAAAGAGAUGCGUCAAAUAGCUGGUGGAUCCCAAAGUGGCCUUAAGAAGUUUUUAGCUCAAUACCCAAUGCUGUUUCUUAUUAACGGUGAUUACGUAUCGGUGAACACUUAUCAACAAGUCGUGGAGGAAGAAAAUGGAUGCAAACUAGGUGGUAAACGUGAUUAUGCUCGAGAGGCUGUAGAAUAUUUUACAAAUAAAUUGAUGCAGUACGGAGUUGGUACGGAGGUGCCUAUUAAAAGUUUACUGGGACAUCGGUCUCAAGCCUCACCGGAGGUCAGACACAUUUCUGGUCAACAUUACAAGGAGUUCAGAGACUUUCUUAUGAAAUACUCUGACGCUUUUGUAGUUACCGAGGAUAAUGUAAUGUUGAAGCAAUACGAAGGUAUGAAAGCAGAACCUUUUGUAGAAUUAGAACCAGACAUACCGGUAGAUCCAGAGAUCACUGCGAAAUUAUUAGAUUUCCUUUGCGAGAGCAUCGAGCAGAAGGGUCCAAUUCUUGUAGAUCAAAUGUUAAAUAUAGUUAACGACAAAUUCUCCGACGAGAAUUGGACCUCUAUAUUUAAAACGCCCCAGGACUUGUGCACGUUCGUCCAGAUGUUCGCAGACACGUUUCACGUUCAAAGUAAUUUAGUAACGUUAAUUGGGAAACCGAAAUUAUCGAACGUAGAAGGAAAAGCGAAAACAAAAACUGGAAAUUCUGUGCGAAAUCAAAAUAUCACCACGAAUCAAGCAAAUUUAAACCAAGUUGUUCAGCCAAGCAAUACUCAAGCACCUCAACAAGCACCUGUCCCGGAACCUGCGAAUAUCACCGUCACCAGCCAGGCUAAUUCCUUCCAAAAUUCUCAUUCUCCAUCGAGCGAAAGUAAUAGUAGUUCGCCUCCGGUUAGUUUGCAACAGCAAACGUUGAAGCAAAGAAUAAACACACUUGUGAUGAAGACUCUGGCAGACAAUACAGAAAAGGAUAGAAGCUUGCAGACCAUGCAAAUGGGAGAUGCUUGGAAGUUAAAAGUAUUACAACAGACUAGAGUAAUAGUGAAUACAAGGGAGAGUCUUCAAAUUAUAGAAGAUAUAAUAAAUCCCCGUAAGCCUCCUCCCGAUGGUAAAGUCGUUAUAUCGUUCGAUUGCGAAGGUAUCAAUUUAGGAGUUAAGGGACAAUUAACGCUUGUACAAGUUGGAACCAUGUCUGGGCAAGCGUACAUUUUCGACUUGUUUACUUGUCCCAAUCUUGUACAAGCCGGUGGUAUUCAGAAACUUUUAGAGCAUAAGGACGUUAUCAAAGUGAUCCAUGAUUGUAGAAAUGACAGUGUCAAUUUGUAUAAACAAUUUAAGAUUAUGUUGAACAACGUCUUUGAUACACAGUCAGCCCAUGCUGUACUUCAGUUUCAAGAAACUGGUAAACCUGUAUAUAAAGUUAAAAAUGUUAAUUUGAAUACGCUGUGUGAUCAUUAUGGUGUUCCGUGUAAUCCAUUAAAGGAACAGUUAAAAAAUAUCUAUCGUAACAAUCAAAAGUACUGGUGUAGGCGCCCGCUGACGCGAGACAUGCUCAUUUAUGCCAGCAGCGACGUUCUGAGCUUAGUUCCACAAAUAUAUCUUUCCAUGUCUCGACUCAUAAAACCAGAGGUACAAGCUCUUUUUAACGAGCUGUGCGAGGAGCAAAUACAAAUGCAUCUUAAACCCGCAGAAGUGAAGGCGCGUAAAAAGCAGCGGAAAGUGGAGACGGAAGUUGCAGAUUUGAAGAAGAGAAUGGAAGAAGCAACCAGCAAAAAUAUUGUUUUAAGCAAUCGUGAGAUACGUCUCUUGCGUUAUCUCGAUCUUACCGAAGAAGAGAAGGAAAAGUUGAAAGGCAGUUACAAGGUCGCGAGGAAAUUAGAGAAGCUUGAAAACAUGGGCCAAGACAAAGGGGACAGUAGCGACGAGGACGAUGAAGACAAAGUUGAGGACACCGAGUACCACAGCAUGGAAAGUUAUACUUCCGAGAAUUCUCAUUCUGGUGGUAUAUUGUCGCCGAGAAACUCGGAUACUCCGAGUCUUACGGAAUCGAUGCAAAUGGUGGACGAAAUUCUUUCCGACGGGCGGAUGGACCGAUUCGAGAAGAUUGAGAAAUUGGAAGCUAUUCUUUCAGCUGUUACCGGUGCUGCAACUGAUCAGUUUUCUUCAAGCAGUGCAGACGCGUCGCCGACGAAAUGUGUUUGCUCGUGCCGAGACAAGAGUAAGAGUCCGCGAACAAGUACCGAAAGUAGCGUGGCUUGCCAAACGUUUAGUACAGGUGAUAUAGUGAUUACCAAAAUAUAUCUCACGGAGGAAGAAAAGGAACGGAUAGAUUUAUUGAAUUCGCCAAAAAAAUAGGUACAUCGUAGUUAUCGUGAAAGUGGUAAGGAAUAAAGUUGCCAUUAUUAGAUUUUUACGAGGAAAGUACGAGUGGAAGGCGAGAAAUGAAAUAAUUAGAUUAUUUUAUGUAGUUUGACAAGAUUGUAAUACAUCGAUUGCAACAAUCAGCUGAAUUAAAUCGCGAUUAAUCUUUUCUUCCAAAUCUGAUGCUAUAGUAAUCAGAAUUUAGGAAGAAAUUUGCCCCUUGUUAAACAAAAAAUUCAGUAUUGUAUAUUAUUUUAUCAACGGAAGAUUGCCUUUCUUUACAACAGUAUAAGAAAGAAUAAUCUCGAAUGACGGUAUUUAUAUAUGAUUAUGAAAUCUACAUUUGAUGACUAACAGAAUACCAGAUGAAAUAUUUUGAUUUUUAAUAAUUUAUAUUACGGGAUCACUAAAGUUGGUCCCCUGCUAAACAAUAUGAACGUCUAAACGCUGUUCUAUAAAAUGAGUUAUAAUUUGUGACAUUGGUAGACGGAUAGAAUCAUGUAGGACAAGUAUAUAAUUUUUCGAUGCAAAGUGCUGCAUUAAAAUCACUGUUCUACACUUCGUAUUUCUCGUCGGUUUGUAUAAAAAUGUUUUUCAGUUUUGUUGAAAAAUAUUUUUG